AGGAAUUAACAACAUAGGGCGCUCUAGAGCUCUCUACCUCAGUGGUUGAAUGUUGGUAGUGGGCGGUGCAUCGUGAUCCGCUCUGCCCCUUUCUGUCGAUGGUGUGGGAAGUCCCGGAAGCGUAGCCGGGACUGUUGGCGAUGAUGGCGGAGAGUCCGGCUGCUGAGGAGGUAGCUUCGGCCGCGGUACUGGCGGCCCCGGCAGGCGGAGGGCCGGGAUCCGGAGCGGGUGGCGGAGGCACGGGCGUCUUCCUACCAGCCGAACUCUGGGCGGUAGCGGGAUUGGGUUCGGCAGGAGGCGGGUCUGGAGCAGGAUCCGGAGUCGGUUCUGCAGGAGCCCCAGUGCCUGGGAUUCCCCCUGCCGCCGCCGCCGCCGCUGCCGGAGUGCUCCUUUCACAUUCGGCCUUUUGGGACCCCACGACUAGUGGUGAUUGGGACGGAGAGAGACCGAGCUCUGCCUGCCUACUCCGUAUCAAACGAGAUAUCAUGUCAAUAUAUAAGGAACCUCCUCCUGGAAUGUUUGUCGUUCCUGACCCCCAUGAUAUGACCAAGAUUCAUGCGUUGAUCACAGGCCCCUUUGACACGCCUUACGAAGGGGGUUUCUUCUUGUUCCUGUUUCGCUGUCCUCCAGAUUAUCCUAUCCAUCCACCGCGGGUCAAACUGAUGACAACUGGGAAUAAUACAGUGAGAUUUAAUCCUAACUUCUACCGAAAUGGGAAGGUCUGCCUCAGUAUUCUAGGCACAUGGACUGGUCCAGCCUGGAGUCCUGCACAGAGCAUUUCUUCGGUACUUAUAUCUAUACAAUCUUUAAUGACUGAGAAUCCCUAUCACAAUGAACCUGGCUUUGAACAGGAAAGGCAUCCAGGAGACAGUAAAAAUUACAAUGAGUGCAUCCGACAUGAAACUAUCCGCAUCGCUGUAUGUGACAUGCUGGAAGGGAAAUGCCCUUGUCCAGAACCUUUACGUGGAGUUAUGGAGAAGUCCUUCAUGGAAUAUUACGAUUUUUAUGAGGGGUUAUGCAAAGAGAGGCUUCAUCUCCAAGGACAGUCCAUGCAGGACCCCUUUGGGGAGAAGCGAGGACACUUUGAUUACCAAUCCCUUUUAGCACGUUUGCAAGGAAUCCGCCUGAAGGUUCAGGAGAAGCAUCAGCAGGAGAAUCCAGACAUAGACUCAGACAGCAGCUCUUCCGAAACAGAAACAGACACUCAGGGGAGCAUUAAGAUUUAGAUGCCUCCCACCUGAUUACUUGGGAAUCCAAACCAUGGGGGUGGGAUCUUCCAACUCCAGGUGCUGUGGAAGGACCCCAGAGAGACCUAAGAACUGUUUAGGUUCCAGAGUGAGCACACAAGUGGAAAAACAGCCUUUUGUUAUCUCCAUCAAGCGCUCUAGGUAUAUCCUGUUAAAAGUGCUAAAACUGAACUGGGCUUGUGAGAGGCUGCAUUUUAGAAAUGACCCUUCCCUCUGCUGGAGACCUCUGAGUGAAUGACACGCCAAAAGAAAAAAAGCAUUUUGGAAAAACCUGUAGGCAGGUUUAUGUCUCCUGUUCCGCCAAUUCUCAGAGAGCAUGAGAUAAAGCAUGGCUCCUUGUUCCAUUGUCCUUGUUUCAUAAAUGUACUGCAUAUUCCUAGCACUUCCCUCCCAGCUUGUUUCUACGCCUUGAUGGGCUCCCAGCAAUUUAAUUUGUUAAAGCACUUUUUGACUAUUUGUACAUCACAGUCUAUUUCUUCAGAUCUGGUGCACUGUGGCUUCCCAGUUGGUUUGAUGUUGCCUGUCUUAGACAGACCAAAGAGGAAGAAUUUCUGCUAGAAUUGGGCUUUGUGUUUUGUUUUGUUUUGAAGUUUCCACAGCUUUAUUAAAUUCUUGUUUUUCUGAUUUUCGCCUAAAGUCCAAGCAGGAAAGGAGUAAAACGCAACCCAGGAAAACAAUUAAAAUUCAUGUUUUAAGCCUACUGUGCAAGUUAACUUUCAGCUUUCCAAAGCAAACUUUACCUCGUUUUACUGACCUUGUUUGGUGGCUCUAAAGGAGAAAGAUUUUUUCUUUCCCUGGUAAGAUGGAUAUAAUUUCAGGGCUGGGUUAUAUAUAGAAGUAAUGAUUGCAGAACUGAAGUACAAAUAAGUGCAAUAGCACCAACAAAUUAGCAUGUUUAUCUGAAGUAGCUUUAGCUUCUGUGCUUUAUUUUUGGGAGGCAAGAACACAGCUAGGAGUUUCAUGACAGAGAAAGAAGAAAUAUGGUCAAUGUCUCUUAGACUGUUACACCUGGGGAGUAAAUUGUUGGAACUAUCCAAUCAAAGGAUCCAGUCUUAUUUUAAUAAGACUUUAUUGAACCUAAAAUAUGGAGUUGCACACUAGUGGAUGAGUUUUUCUAUAUAAUCUAUCAUAACUCCAUUCUUCCAGAUGGCAUCUAUAAUACAGGAAAGGUUGCAGACUUCUGAAGAUUUUUUUAAAUGUAGGAAUCUUAACUCUUUCUAAAGAAAAUCCACAAGACUUAGCACUUUUAGAACUGGCUCUAAGCCUUUAGAAAAUUGGAGGAAUUGAUGUUGAUUGUUGAUGCACAUGUGAUCUGAAGCAGGAGCCAUUCUAUAGGAAAGACUGUAUUCAGCCAUCAGCCUAGUAAUGUACAGGGUUCCAUGCUUGUAUCUGCCAUCCAUCCCACCUCUCCCUUUAAACAUCCUGCACGUUCAUAGGCAGUAUCCUUCCAGCUGCUCUUGUACUUCUUUUGGGAUAUAAGGGAAGGCAUUCUGCUGCUCAAAAUAUCCUGCAGAUUGGGUGUUGAAAAAACCGGUUAUACCUAAGAACCAAGUAGAAUUCUUUCUCUGUCUUUCCUCGCCCCCCCCCCCAAAAGAAUCUCUCCAAGGGGCAUGAAUAGCUGGUGGGAUAUGAAAAAAAACAUUGCAAUACAAGUUUACGUGUAGAUGCCUUGUAACGGGAAGGUCUCAAGAGGCAGAGUUAAUUUUAUCAUGUUCAUUUUAAUCUCAUUAGAUACAAUCCAAGUCAGAUUUAUUUCCCUCAAAAUCAAAGGGAUGUAAGUGCACAGUUAAUUUUUAAGUCCUGCUGGAAUCAGCGAGACUUAGGCCUUAGGCACUCUGUGCCAACUGAAUAAAUUUGGGUUUCCCCAUGCUAUUCCCUAGGGCUAGAAGUGCUUCUGGGCUGGAGCACUGUGAUUUCAAGGCAUCUUAACUCCAGAUGCAUGUUAGCUGUUGAAGUAUUGCAUACAUUUCAUUAAAACAAAACAUGAAAAAUGCCUUAUGUGGUUUUUUUUUUAAUGUGGGUCACAUGUGGGUAUAAGAAAAAAAAGGAAUCUGAUUUUGUAGCUGCCCAUAAUUAUCUGUCUUCUGAAUGUUUCCAUUCUAAGAAAUGACAAUCCUAGAUUACUGAUCUAGACAAAUGUUGGUGACAUAAUUUUAGACCUAACAAGCGUAAGAAAAAAAAGAAAUAAAUGCACAAGGGUCUUCAGAUAGAAACCUUGUUUAUAUACAGUUGUACAUAAGGGGUGGGGGUUUUUUUUGGUGCAAUAAACUUUGUUUUAGCAGGA